AUGGCAAUACUUUUUAGGCAGCUACGGCUUUACGUCAUUGUAGUUACAGCGUUUACAAUUAUACUGAUCUUCAGUGGGAUGCGCAUAUUGUUUAAAACACUGGAAGGGGCGUUAGAAGAAGUCAAUGAACAAAAACCAGAUGAUUUUAGUGUAACUGUUCAUUUAAGUACAUACUCUGUGAUUAAAUUAGACAAUUUUCUCCUUCCUCCUCAUCCAAAACAAGGUCAUCCGAAUCCAGACCGGAAGUUCUCCGAAGCACGACAGGACGAGACAGUCUAUAAAAUAUUCCCGAAAAUAGGUGGGUUUUUUAUAGAACUUGGUGCAAACGAUGGUCUCUAUUUGUCAAAUACAAUUUGGUUAGAAAGACAACACGGAUGGACCGGACUAUUAAUUGAAGCUAAUCCAGGACUUUGUAAACAUAUCGACGAUCUGAAACGCCAUGCUUGGCGACUGUGCUCAUGUAUUUCUAAAAAGAUGAGACAUGCUACGUUCGUGCGAGCUGACAGUAUAGGUGGAGUAGAGGAAAAUUUGGACAUUUAUCACAAAAAACAUUUCAAUGUCACAAGAAAGGUAGAAGUACCGUGUUUUAGCAUGUCAGAAGUCCUGGACAGAAUUAAUGUCCAUCAUAUUGACUAUUAUUCGUUAGAUGUUGAAGGAGCAGAAAUAUCUAUUUUAGAAUCCAUGAAGGAAGAACUUUCUUCAGGCAAAAUGACUGUAGACAUAUGGUCCAUAGAGUACCGUGUUUGGGACGGGGAACAAACUUUGGUGCAAAAAUCUAUGGAAAAUUUAAAGGUUAUUCGAAAUUUUUUCGGAGAAGUUGGUGGUUAUGUUGAACAUUCUCACUUAUCCGAGAACAGAAACAACGCCAUUGGUUAUGCAUUGGAUGUUAUGUUUGUAAAUUUUAAAACUUGGUGUAAACAUUAUCCAAAUCUUCCUAACGGAGGGACCUGCAUGGUUGCACAAACCAUCAUGGCGAUAAUUUUGAGGCAAAGGCAGCGAUACAUUAUUGCCGCAACAGCAGUUACAAGUUUACUUCUUUUCUGGAUUUAUGUUUUGCUAAAAGAACCAGAGGAAAUCAAUGAACAAAAACCAGAUGAUUUUAGCGUAACUAUUAAUUUAAAUGCAUAUCCUGUAAUCAAAUUAGACGAUUUUCUCCGUCCUCCUCAUCCCAAACAAGGUCAUUCGAACCCCGACCGGAAGUUCUCCCAAGCAGGACAGGAUGAGGCAGUCUAUAAAAUUUUCCCAAAAUCUCUUGGGUUCUUCGUAGACAUUGGUGCAAACGAUGGUCUGUAUUUGUCAAACACAAUAUGGUUAGAACGAAAACACUGGUGGACCGGUCUAUUAAUUGAAGCCAAUCCAGGACUUUGCAAACACAUCGACGAUCUCAAACGCCAUGCUUGGCGGUUGUGUGCAUGCAUAUCUAACAAAGUGAGGCGUGCUACAUUCGUGCGAGCUGACGGUGUUGGCGGAGUAGAAGGAAAUUUGGACACUGAUCACAAAAAACAAUUCAAUGUCACAAGAAAGGUAGAAGUACCGUGCUUUAGCAUGGCAGAAGUUUUGGACAAAAUUAAUGUCCACCAUAUUGAUUUUUAUUCACUAGAUGUUGAAGGAGCAGAAAUGGUCAUUUUAGAAUCCGUGAGGGAAGAACUUUCUUCAGGCAAAAUGACUGUAGACGUAUGGUCCAUAGAGUACCGUGUUUGGGACGGAAAGCAAAUUGUGGUGCAAAAAUCUAUGGAAAAUUUAAAAGCUCUACGAAAGUUUUUCAGAGAAGUUGGUGGUUAUGUUGAACAUUCACACUUAUCGAAUGACAAAAACAAUGCCAUUGGUUAUGCUUUAGAUGUUAUUUUUGUGAAUGUAAAAACUUGGUGUAAACAUUAUCCAAUUCUUCCUAACGGAGAACCAUGCUGAUAUUGUAAAAUUCGUCUAAUAUUCCAAGGAGAACUACGAAACCUCUCACUGCUUAACUGUUACUGAAUCAAUAGGCUUCAUACGAACGCCUUUAUGUUUUGUAAUCGUAAGUCCUGGACCUGAUAGAAGUAAACGGUUCACAACAAUAGCAUCACAUGCUUUUGUGAAAGAAAAGUCAGUUCGAAUUCAAAUAUACUCAAAAAUUUGUGAUGUGUUGAAUGUUUCAUCUAAAAUAUGAAAAAGGGUAAUAAAUGGUUGUUUUUUAA